AGUAGUGGCGACGCGAUAGUUCGACCCGCGGUCAACCUUGUUGAUAUACAUACUUGCGUCAGGCGAAUGUGUAUUAAAUAAUUUAACGAUCGGUUUACAUGUGAUAAUUAAUUUGAGAAUUUUAUAAAUAAUAUUUUAAGAAAUUUAAUAAUUUUGAGAAAAGCGCCUCGCACAUUGUUAGGAAGACUAAGAGAACUACCAGUAGCAUCCAAAAGCAUUGAGGGUAGAACAACUGAAUCCACUAGGAACUGGAUUUGUCGAAACCGCUCAUACGUAACAUGAAGCAAAACCUCUGCUAAGUACAAAUACUUAGUACCCAACCUUAACACAAUGAUUUUGUCUCAUAUCACACACUGGUCCACGAAGAAACUGCCAAGCACCGAUCAUCGUUCUCGUCGAACCUGUCUCUUGCAACGAAGGUCUAAAUUAAGUAAAUUAACCCACAGACACAGCCCACUGAGUUUCUCGCCGGAUCUUCUCAGUGGGUCGCCUUUCCGAUCCGGUGGUAGAUUCAGCGAAGCACUGCUCUGGCUGGGGUUAGUGUUAGCAACGUCAUCUGGUUUGAGCCCCGUGAGCUCACCUACUUGUUAAGGCUACGCUGAUAUUUUCUCUCAAGACCAUUAAGGUUAGGUAGGAAAAAAAUACUGCCUAGAUACCGUCCAAUUAAUUUGCUAAAUUACUUGAGACAGGCUCAAACUUGCACGCUUAGAGUGUUAAGUUGGAAAAAUAACCGCCUUGACAUUAAGGAAAAUUUAAAGAAUACCAUAUAAACAGGCCUUUAUCGAAGACAUUCAAAGACCUCCGAACAGCGUCACACGACCAAACCGCACGAUCGAAAGCGUACGUUACGUUAGCAAAAGGAAAAAUGUCGAAAUACUUGUUUAUCUGUUUGAUAUGUGCUUACAUUAGUACGGGACACGGGAAAACUGUUAUUGUCGGACAAACCUACGAUUAUAAUAACGUUGUGAGGAAAGUACACGAGCAAAGUGUGGAGGCCAACGCGAUUCCUUUGUUCAAGAGGGUGCAGGAGGUAUUCUUCGAAUUCCCUCAGCCGGAGCAGAAGAUCAAGGGCAUCGCUAUAAAGGACCUCGAGAAUGGCUUGGCCGAGCCGUCGAUCACCCGAGGAGGAUUGGGCUUUAACUUCGUCAACAUCAAACUGAAGAGCGAUAGAGGAUCCGGCUUCAAGUUUGUUAUCGAAAUAUACGCGUGAGAAUAGUGUCUGUGAAAUUAGUUGAAGCCGCGCGAAUUGUUUAUAAGUUUUUGUUUUUAAUACAUUGUAAGCAAAUUUUGAGAUUUUUAUUAAACUUUUAAACAAUGUAA